AUGAAAUGGUUUCUGGGAAUUUUUUUCUUAUUGUUACCGAUAUCCACUUUACGAGUGGUAUUAGCUGAUUCCGACCCGAAGAAAACCGAUGUGAAUAAUCAAAAACUACCACCUUGUCAAGCUUGCAAAGUAUUAGUUAAAUCUUUUCAACAUGGAAUGGAAAAAACAUCUAGGGGAAAAUUCGAGGGAGGUGACGCCGAUUGGGAAGAAAAAAAAUUAAAAACCUACGCCUCGAGCGAAGUGCGUUUCGUCGAAAUACAAGAAAAUAUAUGCAAUGAAAUCGACAAGGGAAAAUUUCAAUGUCAGGGUUUGGCCGAAGAAAACGAAGGAUUAUUCGAAGACUGGUGGAAAAAUCAAGAUAAAUAUGGGGAUUUACACGAAUGGCUGUGCAUUGAAAAAUUAAAAGUUUGCUGUCCCGACCUUCACUACGGUGCAAACUGCACUCCGUGUCAAGGAUUCCCAAAUAAUGUUUGUAAUAAUAAUGGUAAAUGUAAAGGGUCGGGAACCAGAAAAGGCAACGGUCAGUGCAGUUGCAACGUCGGUUACGAGGGUACUCUUUGUGAUAAAUGCUCUGAUAAACAUUAUGUGUCUUAUAAAGAUGAAACCAAAAUGUUAUGCUCACCGUGUCAUAAUUCGUGUCUGAGCACUUGUACAGGUGCAGGACCGAAAAGUUGUGUGGCUUGCAAAGAAGGUUGGCAAAUGCACACAGAGCUCGGGUGUUUAGAUGUAAACGAAUGCAUUGCAAAAAAUGAUGCAUGUAAUAGUCACCAGUUUUGUGUGAAUAACGAUGGCUCCUACACUUGUUUGGAGUGUGACAAAGCCUGCAAAACGUGUAACGGUGAUGGGCCUGACAUGUGCGAUGAAUGCGCAAAUGGAUAUUAUCUAGAAGAUAAAGUUUGCAUUGAUGAACAGAAAAAAACGAGAGAAAACAAAGUUACAAUGGCUAGGUAUAUUACUUAUUUCGGAUUGUGCGUUGCUACUUGUAUCAUUUUUCAAAAGAAUACAUUGGUUGCCGGUUUAAUCGGAUUUUCAGUUGCUGUCUAUAUUUCAGUAUCAGAAUUAAUGCUAGCAUCGGAAAAAAAUAAUAGUAAAUCAGAUUUUAACAUUCAAAAUAUUUUUAAAAUCAGUUAA